AUGUUCACUGGUUUGUUGAUUCCAACGCAGUUGUUUGCGUGUUUGUGUGUGUGUGUGCCGUUGUGGACUCCACUUUCUGUUGGGCGAAUCGAUUUCUGUGUUUUCUGUAGUUAAAAUUAGCCGAAAAUGUACUUUGAAGACGCAUAAAAAGAUUUUCGACAAGUCGUUGGCUGAUUUUUUAAGAUGUGGAAUCAGUUUUUUUUUUAUAUCGAAUCUCUUCUCGAAAUUUCUCAUUUUCAAUCUUGAAAUAUACCUUUUUUGGGAUUGAUAUUUUCCAGUUUUGCGCGUAUUUUAUAAUGCUUUCUGUGCAAUACACGUGUACGGCUAGCGCGAAAAAAAUAGGAAUUUGAGACCUUUUCAUGAUUUAUUUUUUUCGAAGUUUUACUCGUUUUCCAUUUUCUUUCAAGAUUUUUGCUUUUUGGAACGCGUUAAAAAAAUUUUUUUCUAGAUUGAUUAAAAUAAUUUUUUUGUCGGCUCAAAAUUUGCAAAAAAAUGUUUAGUAUUUUUUUGCUUUGGUUUUUCGUGAUCAUAACGUUUCGUUUUUUUCUCUCAUUUUACUUCUGGAAUCUUUUUCAGAAAAAAAUAAUGAGUGCCGAGAAUCGUUUUGGAACUGUGGUUGGCAGGGACUCACACGCUGAACGACGGCUAUCAUAUUCCUAUGGUUGGCCUCGGGAUCUCGAGAAUUGUUGGCAAAGUAAUUCUUUAUGUACCCCUGAAUUUAAUCUAAAGAAAAAAAAAUGGGUUUUCAAAGGUGUGAUAGUUUUUUUUUAUGAACAUAGAAACACGGAAAACGGCUUUCCGUCUCGGAAUUUCUUUUCAAUUCCGUUUCCCCUUUUCUGAAAACUUCAGAGUUUUUUUUUAAAGACUUCGUUUGCGCUUUUUUAAAAACUUUGAACAAACAAUCCAAUCAUUUCUGGUUAUUUAAGGAAAGCGUGGAUGAAUCUGUCGGAGCGGCCCUCGAUGCUGGAUAUCGGCUUUUCGACACUGCUCAUAUUUAUGAAAAUGAAGCGGAACUCGGCGCUGCCUUGAAGGUUAUUAUCGGUCGAAGUUUCAAAGGCUGACUGCGAAAAUGGAUUUUCGAAAAAAUUUGUUGAUGCUUAUCUGAUGAUAAAGGGGGGAGGUCGAGCUGCUCUAGCUCAGGAUAGUCUGAGGAAAGUGUAGGGAACCAACCAGGAGGUUGGAAGGUAAAUGGAGCUGGAAGGUCUCGAGAAAUUCCUUCGAAAAGGAAAAAUUUGAAAACUUCGGACAGCCUCCCGGAAGCAUUCCAGAAACCUUCUGGCAAGCUUUUUUUUACAGCAGUUAACACACGUUUUCUGAGAAAAUCGGUGACUUUUCAGUGAGAGAAAGCAAAAGUUCCAGGUGGCUCCGCCCCUUUUUAGGGUUACUGUAGACAGUAGCUGAAAAAAAAAGAAUUAAAUUUUUCCUGUUAAGAAUUUUCAUUCAAAAAUGCUUGGAAAUUUAAGAAAACACUAUUUUGAGUAUUCUUUCAGUUACAACUUUUUUUGAGGAAAUGUCGAUUUUUUCUCUCCGAAGAAAAAAUCGACAUUUCCUCAAAAAGAGCAAUUUUUCAGUUUUUGAGCCAAAAGGGCCCCCUUUGGUACGACUUUCAUUUCUGAUUAUGAAACUAGGAGCCUUUUUUUUUUUAAAAAAAAAGUAGCUCUACAACAAAUCCCUGGCGUGAGAAGUAGAAGGUAUUGGAAAGCUGAAAAGCUGUUUGGAAGACCUUUGAGCACCUGCUGGAAACUUUUCAAACGCCUCUUAGGGAACGGAGCCUCUAUACCUUUCUAGUGCCCUCCAAACACCUUCCCACGAUUUUCCUGAGAAAUAGGAUGCUCAAAAGAAGUUUUCAAGCUAUAUUUCAAGGGGCUUUUCAAUUUUCUUGAACGCUUUUAGUAGAGCUUGGCAUUUUUCUUCAGAAAUUGUUUGAUAUUUUUAAAAAUAACUUUCUUUCAGAAGCACCUCGAAAGGCUCAGCCUGAAGCGAGAAGACGUUUUCAUCACGACCAAAGUCAAAACGGUCAACGAGAAAACGAGGGAACAUUUGGAGAAACAUUUGAAGGAAUCCUUGGAAAAGCUCCAACUUGAGUGGGUUUCAGGACAGUAAAUGAAAGGAUUCAAAAAAUUCCAGAUCUUUUUUUGAGUUGAAAAAUUUUUUUGCAGAUGUAGUUUUUAUAUAUAUUAGUGAUGGAAGUUGUUAAUUUCAAUAUUUUUAAAAUUUUUCCUUGAUUUUUUUCCUAGAAGAUAGCAGUGAAAAAAAAUUAAUUCUCCAAGCCUUGAAAAAAAUUUCCUUUUUUUCACAAUUUUUCUAAAAUUUGAUCACAGUAAAGAUUUUUCAGUGGAAAUUUUUUUCCGUUCAAAAAAACUUUCACUUGUUCUAAAAAUUUUUUUCCAUGUUACUAAUUUUUCCAUAAAAAAAUUACUUUUUUUGGUUGAAUCUUUUUUUGAACAUUUUUUUGAGCAGUUGAAUUUUUUUCUGCAAUAAACAUAGCUAUGAUUUUUUUCAGAUACAUCGAUUUGGUCCUGGUUCACUACCCAAGGGACCGUGAUACGGGAAAAGACGAGGAUUACGAAGCGAAUAAGAAAGGAAGAAAGAUCGCCUACCAGUUUCUUGAGGAACAGAAAGGUCUCGAUUUUUGGAAAUAAGGAUAUUUUGAAAGCAAAAUUUUUAAAAAAAUUUUGAGAAAAAUCGGAUAUUUUUGAAGAACUUUUAAGUCUUUUCCUUGAAGCUCUUGUCCAGAAUUCCGUUUUUUAGGUUUUCAAUGGUUUUUUUUAUGGAAACUGCUGAUUUUUCUGAUUAUUUGAAGCUCUAAAGAGUUGAUUUUUAAAAAAAUCAAAUUCUGAAAAUUUGCUUUUUUUAUGAUAUACAUACCUUUUCAAGCAGUACCAAUUGAUUUUUCCUUACCUAUUGUCUCAAAAUAUUUUAUUAUUCCGCCAGAUUUCGUCUAAAUUUGAAAGAGAAGCUUUUUCAAUAGAAAUAAUGUUGAUUUUUUCUUCUUUGAACGAUUUAUUUCCAGAAAAUGGAAUCAUCAAAUCGAUCGGUGUAUCAAACUACGAAGUUUAUCAUCUCGUCGAGCUUUUCGAUUACGCCAAAGUUUGUUUAUAGUCGAUUUUUUUGGACUGGGAAGGCGAUAUGAGUAGAUUAACAAGGGUGAUGCGUUGCGUACGCGACGCGGCUUUUUUGGCGGGAAUUCCGGGGCCAAACAAGCCAAUUUUCUUUUUUUUUUCUUGACAUUCCUUCAAAAAUCUUUGAUUCAUUAUUGUUUUGAUAGAGUUGGAGGAAUAAGAGCACAAAAAUUAAGAGAAAAAAAAAGUUUAGUCUGCUCUGGUAAAAAUGUCAAGCAGCAAACUCCGCCCCUAAAAACGCUCUGUGGCUGGCUCGCUCACUGAUUGGUUCGAUCUACGUAUAAGGGGCGGAGCUUGGGCGAUGACUGGACAUUAAAAGUAUGAAUAGACUACCUCCAUGCUGAUGAGGGUGGUUCAGCCGGGCUGACACGGGAUCUCGGCGGGUGCCCCCGUAUAAGCACAGGUAGUAAAACUUUUCACUGUUUUUACCCCAGCUUAGGCCCCUUCAGCACAUUUGGGUCACCAAUUUUCAAAAUAAGCACAUCUGGGUCGCUUAUCUUUUCUCACACCCGUUGUUCUCCCUUUUUGGCGCAACUGAGGCUCAAACAGCCUAAAUAUAGUCUGUUCAUAUUUUCCAUGUCAAUGACGUCAUUCAAAAACACUCUGUGGAUGGCUCGCCCUCUGAUUGGUUUAUCGCGCCAUUAGGGGCGGAGCUUGAGCGAUGACUUGACAUUUAAAAUCUGAACAUACUAUAACACGGGUUUAAUAUAUGUACACCCGUUGAGACACCUAGUCACCAUGCGAAAAUACCGUUUGAUCUCGAUUUUCGCGCCAAAAAACCGCGUCGCACACGCAACGCCUCACCCCUUCCAAUCUAUCCACCUCGUCUUUCAAAUCGGGAAUGGCUGUAGCUUUCAAUUCAUGUUAAAUUCCGAGUAAUUUUCCAGUACAAACCAGCGGUGAAUCAGUGCGAAUUCACGCCCAGGUUCACCAGACCGGGUCUUCUGAACUUCCAUCGCGUUCACAAUAUUUUCUUCCAGGUUUUUUAAAAAUGUUUUCCGUGUUUUUUCAAGAAAACUGGGAUAUUAGGAAUAUUUAGACAACUAGAACUUCAGUUUUCACGUUUGUAAUUCCGAUGAUUUGGAAAUUUCGAUUCAAAAUCGGAUUCCUAUUGUUUUCAGAUCCUAGAGCUAAACUUAAAGAGCGUUUUAGAUGAGAAAAUGGAGCCGCCCGCAGAAAAAAUCAGCGGAAAAAAUAAAAAAAAAGAAAAUCGCCGUGGAAAAAAAGCGAAAAGCGACAAGCAUCUCAAAUUUUGCCAGCCUGUGCAAAAAAUAUUCUUGAAAGUGCGCUCCAUAGACAAGGUGUCCAAAAUUUAGUUGUUUUAGCUCAGUAACGCGAAACGGACGUGCUCCGAACGUUACUUGGCAUUUCUAGUGACCACUUUAAUAGCAUCAGCACUCUUAAGUGAUCCCUAGGAGAAAAAAAACCAUUUCCAGGCCUUUUCCUCUCUUUGCUGGGGCGACAAGGAGAUUCUGAACACUCCCGCUGUUGAGGAGUUGGCCAAGAAAUACGAUGUUUCUCCCCAGGUUUUUCAAUAAAAAAAUAGAAAUAAUCUUGAAAAAUAUCCAGACGAUCCUGUACGCUUUCGCGUUCAACUCAGGCGUUGGAAUCAUCCCAAAAUCGGCGAAUCCGACUCGUAUCCCGGAUAAUUUGCACAAGGUACAAAAAACAAACUGAAAAAUUAUCUACAGGAAAAAAUUAUGUUAUCAAAAUAACUUGCAUGAGGAGUAUUGUCAUAUUUUUAAUGAAAAAAAAAGCUGGGCAAUGCAGAAAAAUUGAGGAAAUGCGCUCCACGGACAAAUGCGUCCUUAUUUUCUUUUUGAAAAUUUCAAAUAGGCCACGGCAUUCCUACUGGGGUGACGGAAGGUGAGCGAGGCGUCAAAGAUUUUGAAUUAUCAAUAAAAAAAGUAAGUGCGCGCUCCGGAUAAAAUGACGUCAUUCUAAGUCAUAAAUUACACUGAGUAUUCAACGUUCGAUCGCCGUUAACUGCGAACUUGAGAUUUCAAUUUCCACGCCAAGUUUUGACGUCUUCCCACCUUGUUUGGGAACGCCGUGAAGGUCGUAACUUUUUAAAAGUUAGCUGAAAGUUUGGAAAAAUGGAGAAAAGGAGAAAAGGCGCUCCACGGACAACUUUUUGUCUGCCAACUUUUAAUUAUCUGACUUUGGUAAAAGAAAGUUUACUAUCACCGGAGUCUCACCUUCAAGAAUUGAACUCCACGAUGAUAUUUAAUUUUUAUAUUUUUUGUCGGAUUUCUUGGGCAAUUUUCAUCGCAGCGUUAUGCUGUAUUCGAAGCGUAUCCGCGAAACCCAAAAUAGCCGUCAGAGAAAGAAAAAGAUAAUAAGAUUUUGGAGAGUCAGAGAUAAUUUUGCAAUUCGCGGAAACCACUUUGAACACGGCACCAAUAAAAGUUGACUCUAAGUCUGUUGUGAGCUUGAAAAUUACUGAUGUUUCCAGGUUGUCGCGUGCAAAUUGUCAAGCGAGGAACUGAAGCCGCUCUUUGAAUUGGACCGGAAUCUGAGCUUCUGCCCCGGUUGCUUCCCUUGGCGUUGUCUUUGA